ACGAGGCCCGAAUUCACUUUCUGCCUUGCUUAUCGCCUUGCACCCGUCUUGCUUGUCGUCGACUCGUCGCUGUCCUCUUCUACUUUGUUUUCGCCAUAGCGGAAAGCUGGCUUGUAAGCGACCGCCAUGGCAAUGCAAGAGGGAAAAGAAGGGGAGCCAGAGAAGCAACAUGAGCAGGAGGAGGAGGGGAGGAGGAGGAGUUACAAGAUGAUUAUUGGUUACCAGGGAAAGGCACAGGUCGAGGGUGCCAAUGGCGAUGGUUUCCUGGAUGGAGAGAUGGAGGACUACAGAACAACGGGGAUUCUAGCCACGGACUGCAAAUUUGCAAUUUUCCAGGGCCCGGAAGGACCCCUGUCCCUCUCAUAGGAAACCUCAAUGGUGUCUCUGGUCCUCGAAACCACUGCAUUGCCCGGGGGUGACACACAUGGGCUAUGGUGAAAACGGUGCCCAUGAAGAAAUGUCGAUUAGAGCUAAGAAACCAGCCCGGGCAUCCGAAGGCUCGAGCACCUGCAGUUCUAUUUGCAGGGACGUCACCGUACGCAUUGUGGUCGUCAUCGUCCUGAUUAUCUCUCCUUGUCAGUGUGUCUAUGUCUUCGUCUAGCUGUCUGAGAAGACGAACUCCAUCGUUAGACUUCGGCCAGGCCAAUCUAACUUCACCAAAUUCAUUAGGGUUGGUGUCAUAUGGUAUCCACGCUUAUUCCGCCUCGGGUUGACUGAAGUCUGAAGAUUGCAGUGACCUCAUGUUCACUACAGGGGAAGUUCCACAAUGUAGUAUUUGCCUUUCAGGCCCCUUCUCUUCUGUUGAUGGCUUCAAAGCCUUCAGUGAUUAGUUUGGGGCCUUUGGGCCCUUAUAGGUUGUCGGGGCAUAAGUCACAGUGUAGUAUUUGCCUUUCUCUUUUUCUGCUGGCUUCAAUGUUGGUUAAGGCCCUUAAGGGUUGUCUUGAGUGGGUACCGUUUUGCGUAUGGAGGUGGUAUCUUCUUGUUUCAGUCAGCCUUGUAGGACAUCUCUUUGCCCCUUCGGGUCUUUCCUUAUGCUCCUACUUAGCUUAUCAUAGGCUUACAGUGCUAUGCUUCCUGUUUGACAGCCUCAGGUAGGUGCACAGGCCCUUUGUUUGUGCUACUACUUAGCUUAUCAUAGGCUUAGUACAUUGCGGUCUGAGGUUACGAGCUUAUCAUAGGCUAACAUUGUGGUCUGAGGUUGCGAGCUCUAAACUCCGCAGCCUUGCACACGUAUGCCAGCAGUGUUCUCAUACGCAGCCAUUUGGAGACCCGGGUCACACCCCCUUUGGGUUGACACAUGGGGCGAGGUCCCACUAGCAAAGAGGAUUCGCUUGAAAUGCCUGAAGCUGGACAUGUAUGAGGACAGAUGCAGAAAACCGUGACUGAUCUGCUUUUCUGCAUCUCCACCAAGGACCUAUCCAAAUUCAGGCUCUUAAACCACCAGUACUUGGCCCAGCUAUGGGCCUGAAAAGAAUAGAGUAGAAACGUUUCUAGUUGGAUGAAUUUGGGCGCUCCUUUAGUGGCCCGUUCGUUUCCUAAAAUCUCAUAGCGUUAACGGGCACGACUUUAGGAAGUACUGGUGGUUUAAUUUUAUCCUCUUUGCUAGCGGGACCCUGCCCAUGGUAAGGACUACAGACACUGCCUGUGCACCAGCCAAGGGGUUAGUCCCCAACUCCCCGGUUGUUGUAUGCUGGGAUGUGGGUUACGCGAGGGUUGCCUGAUGUUCUUGGUUCCUGGGUUUGUCCUAUGAUUGCACUUGUACCCUGGUCUAAUACAGCGCACAAAAAAAACAGACUAGUUGUUAGUGUAGCUUAUAAUUCCUAUUCCCGAUUCUACGUCAUAAUUUUGGCUCUUAUUCUUGAAUUUGAAACAACGUGCAUCUGAGUCUAUGCUGGUUGCAGUGGGUUGUUUAGGUGGUGUUGGUCGGAGAUAACGCGCUCUGUGGCAAAGGAGCUAGCCUGUAGGGCGGGAAUAAGGUAUAGCAGCGGUGGAGAUGGUGGCUCGACCGCAGUAAGUCUUGCUGGAUUAGGGGCGAGAAUGAAUUUAGUUGGCUGAU